AUGGCAGCACCCAACCUGUCGGGAUCCCACCCCACGUUCUUCAUCUUGGUGGGGAUACCUGGGAUGGAGAAGUCUCACACCUGGAUCUCAUUCCCAGUCUGCAUGAUGUACUCUUCUGCCCUUCUCGGGAACUUGGUCCUGCUGGUCACCAUCGCAAAGGAGUGCAGCUUUCACGAGCCCGUGUACAUCUUCCUGUGCAUGCUGGCAGUGUGAUUCCUGCUGUUGUCUACUGCCACUGUGCCCAAAACCUUCAGUGUCCUCUGGUCUCUGUCCACCCAAAUCUCUUUCAGUGGCUGCCUGGCACAGAUGUUCUCCAUCUAUUUCAUUUUUGUGGCAGAGUCGGCCAUUUUACUGGCGAUGGCCUUUGAUAGAUACGUCGCCAUUUGCAAUCCCCUGCGAUACACGGCCAUCCUGACACACUCUGUUGUGGGGAAAGUUGGCGUGGCAGCUUUAAUCAGGAGUUUCUGCAUCAUGUUCCCUGCCAUCUUCCUCCUCAAGCGGCUGCCCUACUGUGGGCACAACAUCAUGCCCCACACCUACUGCAAGCACAUUGGUGUGGCCUGCCUGGCCUGCUCUGACAUCUCCAUCAACAUCUGGUAUGGGGUAGCUGCUGGCUUCCUUUCAGCCGGCUUGGAUGCCAUCUCCAUCACCAUCUCCUACGCGUUGAUCUUCAGGUGCCUCUGGGGACUGCCGUCCCCACACACCUCCCCCAAGGCUCUGCACACCUGUGGCUCCCACCUCUGCAUGGACAUCACCAUGUUUUACAUGCCGUCCGCCUUCUCCUUCCUAGCACAGCGGUUCAGCCAGCAUGUUCCUCGGCAUGUCCUCAUCUCCUUAGCCAACCUCUACGUCGUGGUGCCACCCAUGCUCAACCCCAUUGUCUACGGGGUGAGAACAAGGCAGAUCCAGGAGCACGUGGCUCACCUGCUCAGGCUGGGGCACUUGGGCAGCAAGGGAUAG